UGCAGUUUGUGUACCUAGUUUAACUCCUAAACGUUAGCUUGAUAGUUAUUACUUAUUAGUGAGUCUUAUCAUCAAGUCUUGAUGAGGCUAUUUAAGAUGUAUAUCAUAUUGUUUUAUCAAGAUCAAUAUAUCAAUCCAUCUUUCUCUACCGGAUCUGCCUUGUUGUUGGGACCUUUUGCCGCACCUGGGAGAAGAAGACCUGGCCGAUUCCAUUGCUGGAGCCGUUCGCUCGAGCCUGGAGAGAGGAAUUCCGUUGCUGUCGCCGCUGGAGGUGGGUGGUCUGAGGAGAUGCUGGUCGGAUUUUGUUCGUGCGGCGGAGAGAGACUUCAAGGAGGCUGCAGCGGUCUUGCGAGAGAAGGCUUCGUCGAGCUCGGCGCUGAUUUCCGGCGAGAGGGAUCUGUUGCGACCUUUGCUCUGAGCCGCUGCUAGGACUCUGCCUUUCUCGUUUGAAGAAGAUGGAGGAGCAGAUCCGCUGCGUUGCUCCUGUCUCUGCGUGUGUGCGUGCGAAGAUGACGAGAGAGCAUUUAGAUUUGGGCUUUUUAAAAUUCAACCAUGAUCGAUGUACACACUUGUUUGUGAAGCUUUUUUUGUCUGUGAAUUGAUGUUUACAGACAAAAAAAAGCUUUCACAGACAUAGGUGUGUACAAAAGUGUGUAUAAGAGUGUGUAAAAACAUCAUUUUUGUUUAAAAUAACAAGGAUGUCCCAAUUUGGCAAUUUCAAAUGCUAGGGAAUUUUUUUAUUCCUUUUUAAGCAUUUUUAAAAAAAAACUCCCUUUUUCUUAAACAAUGCCCCACCCCUCUUUUCCUCUCUCUUUUUUUUAAUGCAGGGACAAUCAAACCCUCAUAUCAUAGCUCCUUAAAGCCUUUAAUGCAUUAGUUCUCCACUUGUCGGGACAAUUGAGAGUGGUGUCAUUCAUUGAAGAGAAAGGAGCUAGGUUGAUUAACGACGGUCGGUGUGAAGACUUGCCACUUCGUCAGUUUGAAGACUGGUUAUUUUGUCAGUGCGAAGACCGGUCACUUCGUCAGUUUCAAGACUGGCUAUUUUGUCGGUGCAGAUGCUGCCUAGAGCUUUGUUGAUGCAGCGAAGGGAAAUUUCAUGGAGCUUGAAGUGGUUUUGCUAGAGCUUAAAGCGGUUCGACUGGAGCUUGUAGCGGUUCGGCAGGAGCUUGUAGCGGUCAGGCAGGAGCUUGUAGCGGUCUGACAGGAGCUUGUAGCGGUUUGGAAGGAGCUUGUAGAGGUCCAGCGGGAGCUUGUAGCGGUCCGAUGAGAGCUUGUGGCUGUCCGACGGGAGCUUGUAGCGGUCUGGAUGGAGCUUGUAGCGGUCCUGUUGGAGCUUGAAGAGGUCUUGCAGAUUUCAAACGAUGAUGUUGCCCUUUGUCUUUGUGAAGAAGAUGACGGUGUUGUUCAAAGCUUUAGAGGUGUCAUCGAUGCUACUACCUUGACGCCACCUGCUCCGUUGUUGAGAUGGUGGUGGUAUUGUGGAGACGUCGUUUGAAGCUCAACUCAAUCCACUUCCAAUGAGGGUGAGAUCAAAGAAUCCCCUAAAGCCUUUGUCGUUCAUCUGUCUCUUUUUCCUUAAGCCUUCUUGUGAUAUUCUCUUUGACAAAACAACUUAAUUGGGGGUUAUUUUGUUAUAACUGAACUCAAAAAUGAAACUUUUGAGUUGCCUACGUACUCCUGAGAAGGAGAUCAAAUCAAACGUAGUUCAU